AUGCAUGAAAGAUUCCAAACCGAUAUAAUUAAUGGAAAGGUUUAUACACUCGAUGAAGAGCUACUGUUGACAGAACACAAAGAAAUGGCCAUUGGUCUUGGAGAGGGUGCAGGAAGAUUCAGAAGUGUAAAUGUUUAUGUUAAAGGAUCUUCCCACAAGUUUGCACCUUAUGAUACAAUAAGAAGCAAGUUGGCAUCUGUUUUAAUGAUUUUCUACUCCAAAAUCACCAGCGCCAAUUCGUUGGAAGAACGAAUUAAGGCUGCAAUUUACAUCCAUUAUGAAAUUGUUAACAUUCACCCAUUCAGAGAUUACAACGGAAGAAUGGCAAGAUAUAUCAUGAACUUAGUUUUAUUUCAGUAUUGUAGAAUUCCUCCGGUAUCAAUAUUGCCAGGAAUUAAGGAUGAAUACUUUGCUUCUGUUCGCGAAGUUGAUAAGAAUAAUGAUUAUAGAUUUAUUACUACCAUCAUUACAGAAUCAAUUAUUAGGUCUAUCGAAAAAGCAUUUUAUUAUACUCACAUACAGGAUGGAAUGGGACUAUUGUUGAAUAGAUUUACAUUGGAUCAGCUUGCAGAAUAUUGUAAAUCUAACAACAUUACCACUGACGAAAGUUCCAAGUCUAAAAUGAUAAGAGAUAUUUUGAGACUCUCUAAUAGAAUUGGAGAAUUUGCUUUUGUGUUGGAGUUGGAAAAACAAGAUUUACAAUCAAUAGUUCUGGACAAUAAUCUAUCCACUUUUUCUCAAUUGCAAACAUGUUUAAUAGAGAUUUUAUUUUCUAAUCCAAACACCAACCUGAAACAAUUUCUCAAUUUAUUCAACACUGAAGGUUUAGACAGAUUCUUGGAAUUAUUAAGAAUGAAAGAUGAGUCCUCUAAGGAAGGAAAAAUUACAGCUAUCAUGGAAGAAGUAUUAAUAUUAGGUAUGAGAAUCGGAUUUGGUAAUAUGAAGGAAGAGAACAUCUCUUCUUUAUGCAAUGAACUGAAGAUCUCUUCAUUUGGUUCCAAACUUGAAAACAUUCAUUCAAUGUUUGGUGUUAUUUAUCCUCAUUACUCUAGAUUUAAACAUUUAUUAUUUAAAGAAUACAUUUGGGAUAUUAAGAAAGGUAUUUCUUUGGAACAAUUAUAUCAAUUUCAUUACUAUGACUUACUCGUUUAUGCAAAAAAACAACAAUUGAAUUUAAAACAUAAAUCCAAGAAGAGCAUUUGUAAGAAUAUUUUAACCAGUGGUCAUAUUAAGAGACUUAAUGAGAAUGACGAUUUGUUGCAAAAUCUCAAGAAAAAGAAGUUAUAA